UGAGAUAUUGUUCAGUUUGUUUAAUUUUCAUUCAGUGGCAGUCAGUUCUUGCUAUUUCAGCCCUGGGCAUAAACGGUCAAAGAUUUCACUAUGUUACCCUUUGUAAUGAGAUUAUUGGUAUAUGAUUAUAAUCUAUAAAUUGAGGUUAUAAGAAGUACAUAUGCACCCCUAAUAACUUACGACAUGCCACUUACCAGGUGAGCCAUUUUUUCAAGCAUUGAUAUUUUCAGGAAAUAAGCUUUAUAUCAAAAUCUGUUGAUAGGGCAACUUGCAUACUAUUAUCAUUUAUAAUUUGGUGUAUUUUAGAAAUUGAGCCUUUAUUAAACAUAGUGGUAUGUGAAAUAAUCCCUUUAAAAGAAGCAUACACUUUGUAAUGGUCUCAUCAUGUACUUCCUAGCCAAUCAACUUUCCAAGCUUGAAUACAAGAGUACAGAAGGGACCAAUCAACUUUCCAAGCUUGAAUACAAGAGUACAGAAGGGACCAAUCAACUUUCCAAGCUUGAAUACAAGAGUACAGAAGGGACCAAUCAACUUUCCAAGCUUGAAUACAAGAGUACAGAAGGGACCAAUCAACUUUCCAAGCUUGAAUACAAGAGUACAGAAGGUUUGCACAGUCUUGAUGGUGUAAAUUGCAGGGUACAGGUAAAAACAGAGAGUUAUUUAAGUAUAGUCACUAGAAGACACAACUUUUUAUUUCUGACCUAGCAUGUAUAAUAUUUACACUUCAAAUGUAUCAAAUACAUUUAAAAGUUGCAAUGUACAAAUGUAGGAAGUG